AUGGAGCUAGAGCGACUCGUGCUAGAGAUGAAUGGAGCUUUGUGUGGACCGAGUGAAGAAGAUACGUGUGCAACAUUGCUACAAAGUCUUUCGGCACAUUAUGAGAGUGUAGUGCAGGCUUUAUUCAUGAACGUCACGCAGUUCAGCUUUAAAGAUCUGGUGAGCAACCUGAUCGCCGAGGAAGUGCGCAAGAAGUAA